AUGAGCUUCCGAACUCCCGUGUUCAUUGCCGUUGACGUCGUGAUUCGCGAACAGGACGCACUGGCUGGGUGUCCACACGUGGCUGAAAUGGUGAGCGAGUACUUGGACGUCUCGCACAAGUGGACGAUCGAGCGCGCUGCGUGUACCGGCUACAUGACGCUGCUUGAGCGACUGGGAAAGAGAGAAUCGCCAAUUACGACUCGAGAGCUGGACUGGGCGCUUCGCACAGCAGCGGACCGCGGUGAUCUGAGCGUUGUCAAGUGGCUCACCGCUUACCAGCCGGAUAUGGAAUGCUCGACGCAAGUAAUGGACUCGGCUGCUCUUCGUGGACACCUCCACACCAUUAAGUGGCUUCAUCACUACCGAGAUGAGGGCUGCACGACGGCAGCCAUGGACAGUGCUGCUGCAUACGGGCGACUGGAUGUCGUUCAGUGGUUACAUGAGAACCGUGAAGAAGGCUGCACGACUGCUGCGAUGGACAGCGCAGCGGCUGGAGGACACCUCAAGACUGCACAGUGGCUUGCGGCCAACCGCACGGAAGGCUGCACGAGUGUGGCCUCGCACUUCGCGCUACUCAAUGGCCACAUGCACAUUUUAAGGUGGCUUAACGAGCAACACGUGGAAGUGCAAGACGUCGACCAGGGGAUGCAGCCGUUGACUCGCUGUUCUCGGAGGGAACGGCGACUGAGCGCCACGCUUCUGGAGGCACCGAGACACCGUCCGCGACGAAUGAGCAUGGGGCUAUCAUGCCGGAACUGA